AUUUUAAUGGCGUAAUAAGUAAUUAUUAACUGUUUUUAACUAACCUUCCCAACACUUUAUUUUGUUAUUGCUGCAAUGACGCGCAGAUGUGUUGAUAAGAAUGCGCGUCCGCGGUGCUCGUGACCUGGGCGCGGGUGAAUUCCAGCAGAGCAGAUCCACGCUCGUGUGCGUGUUUAAGAUGCUCUCGGUGUAAAAUAGUAUAAAAUAAAGAGGAAGGUAAUUUAAUGGUGUAAUUAGUAACUAUUUUAACUAACCUUCUCAAACAGUCUCUUUUGUUAUUGCUGGAAUGACGCGUAAAAGGUGUAAAAUCAGGAGGAUGGUGUAAAAAAGCAUGUGUAAUUAGUAGGUAAUAACUUUUCUUCAGAUAUCUCUUGUUAAUGCUGGAAUGACGCGCAGCGGUGUUUAUAUGAAUGCGCGUUCCCGAUGCUCGUGACCCGGGCGCGCGCGAAUUCCAGCAGAUUCGCGCUCGUGUGUGCGUUUAUGAUGCUCUCGGGCUCGAUGGGCUGCGGGGGAAGCAGAUCCGCCACGAUUGAGCCCCGUUAUUACGAGAGCAGAGACACCGAGUCUACGUGGCUGACAAACACGGACACGGAACGGACAGCCGCCGGUAAUGGAACCGGCGAGAGCGCGGGCACGGGCACGAGCGACAAUGACAAUACAACAACAGCGGCUGCCGGUGCAGAGGGAAGAGAAGGCCGUGACAAUGAGCAGAAACUCCUCAGUGAAGGAGAAGCGGCUGGUGAACGCCGGCACACAGUGCAGCAGAAACACCACCAACAGCCAGAGGAGACCCUCACACAGAGACACAGAGGUUAAGAGUAAAUCUAAGAAACUCCCUCACGCUGAUGGGGUUAAAAAUGUGUGUCCGGCUGUAAAUUCUGAAGCUGUAUCUUGACUGAGAGUCUGAAAGAGCCACUAAUGAAGGAGUUGGGUCAUAAUUAAAUGCAUCUGAUUUAAUUGCAUGAGCGCUGGAGCGGAUCCUAACCCUGAUAUGCUGCAACACAAGCCUUCACAGAGCUGCAUCUCUCUUUCUGAAGGAUUCAAGAUGUUGUUUAUUCAUGUUUAAUAUUUGUUGUUUCAUGUAUCGGUUCGCGGGAUUUCCAUCAGUAUUGUUCUAGUGCCUAAUAAGUUUGUCACGAUACUGGAAUUCGGUACCAAUCCAUACUGAAGUUUUAGAAAAACGUCCCGCUAACAUUUGAGAGCUGUUGAGCUCGUUAUUAAACAGAGCUGAUUUGCCAUUGUGUUUACAUGCUCAACAGAAAUGGCUGUGAUUGGCUGUUAAGGUCAUCAGUUCACUGAACUCACUGCUGUUUACUGAGUGUAACCUCAGAUACAGGGAGCGUUUUAAAGUCAUGUCGAUCAGCUGGUUUGUCUAUGAGCUGACAUUCAAGCAAUCUGCUGAUGAAUCAUGGCUUUAAAAUCCUCCAGUGUCCCUGCAUCAGUGGUGACACUCACUAAACAGCGGUGAGUUCAGUUAACUGAUGAACUUCACAGCCAAUCAUAGCCAUUUCUGUUGAGCACAUCAACACAAUGGCAAAGCAGUGCUGUUUAAAUAGUACAAAUGAGGACUUCUCCCUCAAUCCCCGGGUCUGAAUGCAGACUCAGUGCAGCAGGUCUCUUGCCCUGCCUAUUUCAACCAUCAGCCCUGCUGAUAAUCUGGAGGGUUUAGGCAAACACAGCAGCACGGCGAUGUGUCUAAAUGUGAACGAACUCCUGAUAAAAGACAACGUCCGCCAUUCUCCAAUUCUCGUACUGCUCUUUUGACAAAAAUGCUUGC